AUGUUUGUCAAACAUUUACAUUACUUGCUUAUCAUAUCAACUAUCGUGAGGUCUACCAUCACUACUACCAACACCGCAAACGACUUGUUGUUGGCAUCACAUUCAGAAGAAUUUCAGCCAAAAUUCUUGGAAGUAUUCAAACCACAAGAGCUAAGACCGGGCGACUCGUUAUCAAUGAAAUGUAUGGCAACGGGUAGUCCAUUGCCAAUGAUUACCUGGUUGUUGGAUGACUUACCCAUAACCGACAUCCAUGGCCUACGUUAUGGCGAUUAUGUUACCCGCGAUUCAAAUGUAAUAUCAUUUGUUAAUAUAUCAUCGGUUGGUACGGAACACGGCGGACACUGGACAUGUACGGCCCGUGGAUCGCAUCCGGGCCAAGGUGUCCAUUAUGGUGCYCUGGUUCGGGUCAUAGGCCCGCCCUAUGUCCGACUUAUACCCAAUAUGACACUCGUAGCCCAUCAGACCAUUUAUUUGCGGUGUCCGGUUGGCGGACAAUACGAUGAUAUCUUAUGGGAAAAAAACGGAGUACUACUACCCGACAAUCACAGACAAACACUUCAUUCAAACGGUACACUCAUUGUACGGGAGCUCUCCCGGGAAACAGAUGCGGGGCGGUACUCAUGUAUGGCUAAAUAUAAGGGCGAUGUAUCCAAACGUGAUUUUUUUGUAACAGUUAGAGAAAAACCAGUUAUCGAGCCGUUUGUCGUGCCAUCGCUGGUCAAUACUGGCCAACGGCUGUCCAUUACGUGUACUGUCAUCAGAGGCGAUCCGCCGCUGACCAUCAAAUGGCUAUACAAUGACCACAUUAUUGGCGGCGGCGGCGGCCAUAACGGUGGUAGCCGUGAACAGUUGGCUACGGUUGCGGUAAAAGUCCAUCACUUGACCGACUAUUCGUCGACACUAUUGUUUGAAUCGUUGACCAAAAAACAGACCGGCAAUUACACAUGUGUUGCUAUUAAUGAUGUCGGAGAAGAUAAACACAGCACUCAAAUGAUAAUACGGGAAAAGCCCCGUUGGAUAAUAGAGCCGACAGAUCACAUAGAUUUAGUCGAAGGCACCGGUGUUUGGGUUGACUGUUCCGCCACUGGAUUUCCAACACCAAGUGUUCAAUGGAAAAGAGCUCAAAGCAUGAAAUCCGAUUACCGGCCGAUUGUCAGCUCAUUUCAGACACAGGUUCACGAAAACGGCACACUUUAUAUAGAAAGUGCCGACAAAAAGGAUUCGGGUCUAUACCUGUGCCACGUGUCCAACGGUAUUGAACCGGAUCUCAGCAAAAUAAUCCGUAUCCAAGUUCACAUCGCCGCCCGUUUUAAAGUGAAAUUCAGAGCCGAAACGUUUGAACGAAAUCAACGAUCAGUACUUAAUUGUGAGGCCAGUGGUGAACGACCCAUAAUUGUCGAGUGGCUCCGGGAUAGACAACCUAUACGUCCUGAACAUCAUUCAAAUAGAUAUGUUAUCAAAGAGACGGUAAUGAAUGAGGGAAUUACAUCUGAGUUAAUGAUUGAAUCAAUAGAUAGAAGCGAUUCAGCUCUCUAUCAGUGCAUUACAUCCAAUGCUUACGGAAGAGAUGAGACCAGUAUUCAAGUUAUAGUUCAAGAACCACCCGAUACGCCACUAGAUGUCAAAGUUGAUGACAUAAGCAGCCGAUCGGCACGGGUGUCGUGGGCGCCGCCCUUUACCGGCAAUUCAAGAAUAACUAAAUAUCAUAUCUAUCUGAAUGAAAGUCCAUUAAAUGGACCGCCGAUGUCGAUGAUGAUGAUGUCGUCCACACUUCCGWCACAAAAGCGCAACAUAACUAUUCCCGGCACWGAGAUGGUAUGGACUAUAUCUGACUUAUCGCCCAAUAAUAUGUAUUCAUUAAGCGUUUCGGCCGUCAAUUCACUCGGAAUGAGUCAGUCGUCGACUCCGGCAAUCAAUUUUCAGACCGACGAAGAAGUUCCCAGUGACCCACCGACACAUAUCAAGGCUCACUCUAAUUCAUCAAAUACUAUAAGAAUCAGUUGGAAGGCACCGGACAAUCAAAUAAAUUUUGGUUCAAUAAAAGGGUAUUAUAUUGGAUAUAAAGUAUCAUCGGAUAUAACAUCAGAUGUUUAUAUUUAUAAAACUAUUGACAAUAAUAACAAUAAUAUCAAUAAUAAUGAUAAAACAAUUAGUAGUAGUCAUACUACUACUAAAUGUGAGACAAUAUUAAAAAAUUUAAACAAAUCGACUAAAUAUAAGAUCGUUGUCCAGGCGUUCAACUCGAAAGGUGCCGGUCCACCAUCUGAGCCAAUUACGGUGGAAACAUUAACUGAAGAUUGUCCAAUGAGUCUAUCAUUGAAUCCCUUAAGUGUCAGCACUUCUAGUAUUGAUGUCGAAUGGAUUCGACCACCAAAUGAUGAUAAUUCAGUUUCUGAAUACAUAAUCGACUGUAAAAAUAGUAUCAAUUAUCAAAAACAAUUGAAACUAUCGAGUAAUAUAACAAACUAUUUGUUUGAUAACUUACAAUGCGGUACAUUAUAUGAACUAUCGGUAAUGGCCUGCAAUCGGAUCGGUUGUAGUCCACGGCAUCAGAUAUCAGUGAAAACAGUGGGUAAUAGUCCACUGGCACCGGACAAGGAGUCACUACUGUCCGCAAUAAACUCCACUUACGUAACAAUCAAUUUGUUUGCAUUCAACGAUAACGGUUGUCCACUACAGCACUUCCAGCUCAAGUACCGACAGCGACAACAACCCCAGUGGACACAGUAUCCACAGUUUAUACAUUCAACCCAACGAUCCGUACUAAUUGAUGGAUUACAGCCCUAUCAGUGGUAUUACAUACAGAUUACAGCCUAUUCACAGGCCGGCAGCUCACAGGCCGAGUACAGCUUCUUGACAUUAAUGCAACCAAACUACAAUCUAAACGCUGAACUGAAUGAAGAGGCAGUAAUACUAAGCGAUUACAAGACAUCAGUACUGUUGGAGUUUGAAGUGAUUUUGCCGUUAACUUUGAGUGGUAUAGUCGUAGUCAUUGUUACACUACUGGUCUGUAUUGUUAUACAUAGACGACAUCCAAACGAUACAUUUAAUGGCUCAAAUGGCAAUCGUAUGACUAAUGGUAAGCAAAAUAUACUUAACGGUGGUAUAGGUAGUGGUGGUGGCUGUGGUGGUGGUAUAGAUGAUAAUAAUGUCAAUUUGUGUGAUAUGGAUAAGACAACUACCAGUAGUAGUGCUAAUCGUAAUCCAAUGACUACUAUACAGAGCACUGGUAGUGAAUAUCAACGACCAAUGCUAUUGAAUACCAGUGGCGGCGGCGGCGGCGGCGGUAAAUGCCUAUACUAUCCGACCCCAUACGCCACGACACAGAUUGACGAUAGUAUAACAUUUGUCGAUAAUAACGGAACCAUUAGAAAGAUGGCCACCGAUUGUGGCGGUGGUGGAGGUGGUGGCGGACACUACGCCACUGUCAAGAGGAUGACACCUAAAAUGCAUCCAAAAAGUGAUAUACAUCUCUAUAGUUAUGCGGUCAACUCUCAACAGUUAAAUGUUUCAAAAGACGAUUCAGAGUCACUGAUAACAUAUUUGGUUGAACCUAUUGGCGGAGCACCGGGAGGUGGUAGUGGUGGUGGUCAUGGAGGAGGAGGAGGACAUCCCGGUUAUGAUACCAAUACACUUAACCAUUGUUGCUCUUAUAUAGACAAUAAUAAUCAAACAACAAAACUUGACUUUUGAUACUACAGUAUAUGUUGUUAUUAUUAUAUAUAU